CUUGUUUGAUUUUUCUGUAUUGAUUCAAAUCAACAUCUUGGAUGGACUUGACCUUUAACAGUUUUUGAAGGGUAUGAGCGACCCCUUUUGUUGACCUAUCCUGACAACUGAUAAUUAUGCAGAUUAUUUUAAUCUACGAUUCAAAGGAUACAAUAUCCAAAGUUCAGAGAUAUUAAGUUAAGUUGUAGCUAAUGAAAGAUAACAUAAUGAUAUCAAAAUAUGAACAAGGCGUUUUCAUGUUCAUACUAUAACAGAUUGAAAACAAAAAAAUAUUCCAAAAUGACGGUGUUCAGAAAGACUUUACUUAUUACCUUCAGCUUGAUCAUUUCUACAAUAAUUCAGAGUGCAGCGGAUCAAGACUGUCAAAUCCAACUGGAAGACACUCCAUCGGUAUGGCUUGGCGAUGAAGAUGACGUAACAUACUGUGAGGCGGAACCAUCUCAAUGCUCUGAUUUUGGUCUCGUUUUUGUCUGUGAAGACCCGUCCGGUGGUUCUCUUGAACCAUGCGCUAAUGGCACCAAAGUCCUGUGCUCUGUUCCAGAUCCCAUCCCUCUUGAUGACCCAACACCGUCAUCUGAAAUCCGUGUGGUCAUUUACAACAUCUGGGAACUUCGAUACCUCUAUUAUCAGAACGGGCAGCGAGAACGAACGUGUCGUAUUCUUCAUGAGCUCUUCCGUCUUCGUCAAGACAUCGACGUGAUUGUAUUCAAUGAGGCCUUUAUGGGUGGGUGCUUCUCCAAGUUCAAUUCUACAGUUGAGAUGAGCACUCUAACUAUUCGAGAUAUUCUGGUACAGCAUGGAUUCAUCUACCAUACCCAGACAGUUGGAGAAGUAAGGGAACUACCCAAGUUUGAGAACGGUGGUGUCUUUAUUGCUUCUAGGUGGCCAAUAAUUUCCGAAGAUGAGACAAUUUACACGGAAGCGAUUAAGACGACUGCAGAUGCGUUGUCAGCAAAAGGCGCUAAAUAUGCUCGGGUUCUUAAGUCGGUAAACGGAUCGAGUCGAUAUUACAACAUCUUUGGGACCCAUCUACAGGCAUCAAAAGGAGUAAAUGCUGACAGGGUUCGUGUAAGUCAGGCAACGGAGAUGCACGAUCUGGUCGUGAAAUUGGCACUCUCACCAGAAGAGCCAGUAAUCUAUGCAGGGGAUCUUAACACAAACUAUUAUGACAGGGAACCUAGGUCCAACACUGCCAACAUCCUCAAGGCCCUUCAUGCUUUGGUCCCACCGAUCAUUGGUGAACUCAAUUACACCACGGACGGCUUACUCAAUGAUGCUAGAGACGGCGACAGUGCAUCCUACAAGGAUUAUGUAAUCUACCAUGAAGACUACCUUCAUCCAUUAACAGCUUCUCAGGAAAUCCUGCGUCCCAGGGCAUCAGAGUUCUUUGAAGUCUGCAUAGAGGCCAUCACACCAUUCCCUACCUAUGCGGACUCUGAUAGAUGUCGAAAGACUCAAAAUAUUAGUGAUCUUGCGGAUCACUUUGCAGUAAUUGGUGUCUACAAGUUUGAUAACAAAGCGGUAACAACCGAAUCAAGUGAACCCAGCACCACGAACGUCGUCACCCAUGAACCUACAGAAUCUGGUCAAACCACAAAAUCAGAUACAACCUCUUCCAUAAUGACUACAGAUUCAGGUGUCACCAGCAGACUUUGCGUGGCUACUUUCAUUUUAUCGAUACUCUCGGGCCUACUUUUCUAGGGAUCAGUCUAGAUUGGUGAUUCCAUUAUACAUCAUCUACAAUUAUUCGAUAAUAGUAGUGAUCAGUUAAGUCACUAGUGAAUCUAUCAUAAUUAUGUAACUUCACGUGUAACUUAUCGAUUUCAUAUCUUGCUAUUUUUUUCA